AUGAUGUGGACCUCUCAUGAUACUGUUGGAUUUGUUUUCUUAGCCGGAUUUUGCGUGCAAUUCGGAUUCUCCUUUGAAGGUCGCUUCACGGAUCUGCCCUCCAACAUGACGGUUAAAGAGGGACAAAACAUAGAAAUGGCGUGUGCUUUCCAGAGCGGAACCGCGUCUGUGUAUUUGGAGAUCCAAUGGUGGUUCGUGAAAGCACCGGAACCCACUGACAGCGAGGAGGACGUCGAUGCUGAGGAGAUGGAGAUGAUACCAGAGCCUGAUCCUGAUGACGAGGGGACAAAAAUAAGUACAGUGAAAGUCCAGGGCAACGACAUCUCACACAAGCUGCAGAUCUCUAGAGUCAGCAAGAGUGACGAAGGACUUUACGAGUGCCGGGUGACGCGAGCUAACUACGGAGAGAUUGUGGAGUACAAAGCCCAAGCCUGGCUUAAGGUCAACGCCACGGCCAGGCCACGGCGACCACUGCCGCCACCCAAGAAGACCUCCCCACUGCACCUGACGGACAAGAAGCCGAGAAAGUCCAGCUCAUCUCUGGGCCAGGACAGCAUGAGUUCAGACCAGAGGGUGGCCUCAACCUCCACCUCUCACACGUCCUCCAAUACAGCUAAACACAACCCCGGCUCAGGUACAAGAAUAUCAUGCAGCUAUGGACUGGCUGUCCUCCUUCUGGCGUGUGGUUUGGUGAGGGAUGCCUUGUUAUAA